CCUUCACAGCCAGAAAAAAGUAGUCCCUAGCUUGAAGCAAUCUUCCUUCACAGCCAUAUUUUAUGAUCAUUUUCCAUAGCAUAUUCCAUCUUCAUCUGCUGCGUUGAGUUUUGUGUGUGUUUGUGAUCCAUCUCCGGUUGCAUCUCUGUUUCUACAAAUUUAUAAGCUUCUCUUCUUAGAGACCAGCACAGCCUGAUUUCAUCAUCAUUUUCCAUACCAUAUUCCAUCUUCAUCUGCUGCGUUGUGUGUUUAAAACCAGACCUGGUUGCAUCUCUGUUUCAACAAAUUUAUAAGCUUCGCUUCUUAGAGGUAAAAAAACAGCUAGGGAGUUGAAAAUGGAAGUCAUUAAUACUGUGGUGGGAAAGAUGGUAGAGGUACUUACAGAGCGCUUUUUGGCAUCCAUGGGCCGCCGAAUUGGUUAUGUGGUUCACUACAAGAAAAAUAUCGAGGAUCUCUAUGCUCAAGUCCAGAAUCUUAGAGGCGUGAAGGAGAGGAUUGAAGGAAAAGUCGAAACAGCCAAGAAGAAUGGAGAAGUCAUUGAGAAAGAUGUUUUGAAUUGGCUUUCGGAGGUGAAUAAAAAGGAGGAAGAUCUGAACAGAUUAUUGGCAAACAAUGAAAAUAUCAAGUCAUGUUUUGAUGUUGGUUCAAGGUAUCGGCUUGGUAAGGAAGGUAAAAAGUUGUUGUCUGAUGUUUUGGGGCUAAUAGAGCAAGCCAGCAAGUUUGAUACUGUUGGACGCCCUGCUCCUUUGGGUGAUAUUUGGUACACAGGUGGUACCACAAAAUUUGAGCAGUUUGAAUCCAGAGAAUCCGUUCGUAAACAGAUCAUACAGGCGUUGAAAAAUGAUAUGAUUUACAAAAUAGGAAUACAUGGCAUGGGAGGUAGUGGGAAGACGAGAAUGGCAGAAGAAAUUGCCAAACAUGCUAAAACAGAGAAGCUUUUUGAUGAGGUUGCCAAGGCAGUCUUCUCCCAAAAUCCAGAUUUGAAAAGAAUUCAAGAAGAGCUUGCAGACUGUUUAGAACUUUCAUUCAAAAAAAAUACUGAAGUUGGGAGAAAGGGGGAGCUGUGCAACAGACUGAAAAAUGGGAAAAAAAUUCUUGUAAUAAUUGAUGACAUUUGGAAUGACAAAAUUAACCUGGAGGAAAUAGGAAUCCCAUCUAGCGAUAAUCAUAUCAAAGUUUUGCUAACCUCUAGGGAAGAAGAUGUGUUCAGUCGGAUGGGGGUUCAAGAAAACAUCCCAAUUGGGCUUCUACAGGAACGUGAAGCAUGGUACCUAUUUAGGAAAACAGUUGGAGAUUUUAUUGAACCUUCUCAUGAAGUUUAUUCUGUUGCAGAAGAAGUGUGUAGAGAAUGUGGUUGUUUACCAUUGGCAAUACUUGUAGUUGGAGCAGCACUAAGGGAACAGAAACAAAAGCAUACAUGGGAUGAUGCACGUGUACAAUUGAGAAAUUGCAGGGGAGAAAACAUCAAGGGAGUGACCAAGGAGUUGUAUUCACGCAUAAAGUGGAGCUACGAGUUUCUAGAGCACACAGAUGCUAGGUCAUGCUUUCUGCACUGUUCUUUGUUUCCAGAGGAUGCUGAGAUUCCAAUUGAUGACUUGGUGAUAUAUGGAGUGGGAACGAGGUUUCUUAUGGACAGCUCACAUCCAAUGAAAACAGCAAGAGAUAGAACAAGUGUGUUGGUUGAUAACCUGAAGAAAUCUCAUUUGCUAUUAGAAGGUAAAAGCAACGACUUUGUUAAAAUGCACGACAUCAUUCGAGAUGUUGCCAUCUCAAUUGCAUCAAAAGAAAAAGGAUUUCUGGCAAAAACAGAUGUCCGAGAGUGGCCAGAGAAAAAUGAAUAUGAAUCCUGCAGGGUAAUUUCAUUGAGGUCCAAACAAAUUUGUGAGCUUCACUGUGAAUUACAAUGUGCAGAAUUACGCACCUUGGUAUUGGAAUGCAACACCUAUCCUAAACCUCAAGUUCCAGAUAAUUUUUUUAAAGGGAUGAAAAAGCUAGAAGUUUUAGAUUUGUGUUCCGUGCGGCUGUCAUCAUCACCUUUAAAUCUGAUCAACCUUCGGAUGUUGCGACUCUAUAACUGUGAACUGCAGAACCUAGAUUUUCUCAAGGAACUAAGAAAUCUUUUGAUACUAAGCAUUGUUGAUUCUGAUCUGAAAGAGGUGGCUGUGGAAGUAGGGCAGUUGACUAACUUGCGGUGGUUGGAUUUGAGCCGUUGUGAAAACAUCAAGAUCAUUCCAUCAGGUGUCAUAGAAAGUCUAUCCAAAAUUGAGGAACUGUACAUUCCACAUAAUUUUGGGGAAUGGGGGGUUGAAGGGAAUGCAAGGAUUGAUGAACUUAAUUCAUUGACCUGCUUAACCACUUUACAAAUUCACAUAGGAGAUGGCAUGCUACUGCCCAAUGAGCUCUGCUUUAAGUCCUUGAACAGAUUCAAAAUAUCAGUUGGGAGGACUAAGCGUUUUGGGUAUGAUGAAAAAGACUUAGGAGCACGGAUGUUGAAACUUGAUGAUAUUAGUAUGAGGAAGGAGUUCAAUAUUUUGAUUGAGAAUGCGGAAGCACUUUUUUUACAGAAUGUGGAAGGUUUAAAGAAUGUGCUUCAAUGUGGAGAUGGAAAAGGGUUUCUGGAUUUGAAAUAUCUUAGAAUCGAGGACUCUAGUGACAUGGAACAUCUACUUGGCAGUCCAAAAUGGAAUUUUCAAAGUCACGGUGCUUUCAACAGAUUAAGUGUGUUAGAUAUUAGACGUUGUAGAAUGAAAUUUCUCUUCCACGUAUCCACGGCAAGAGCUCUUCUACAACUCCAAGAAUUACAAAUACGGGAAUGCGAAAUCAUGGAAGAAAUAAUUCUAGAUGAUGAUGAGGAAGUAAUGAAUAAUGUUACUUUUCAUCAAUUAAAGAAAAUGGAGUUGUACGGACUACCAAACCUCGUAAGCAUAUGCUGCACCAAUAGGAAGAAAACGUCAAGCACGGAUUGCAAUACUUCCGACCUUGCACAAGCUUUCUUUAAUGAAAAGGUUUCAUUCCCUGCUUUGGAGGCACUGGAGGUAGGAGGAUUGAAAAACAUUACAGCAAUAUGGAACAACCAAUUAUUCCUAGGUUCGGAAGCAGCAGAAGAAUCAUCCUUUCACCAGCUAAGGAACAUAAAGAUACUUGAAUGUGAGCAACUGGUAAAUGUGAUAAUUGCAUGUCAAACAAGAGAAGGAGAAGAAGAGAUAACAAGUGAUGAAAUUAUUGUGUUCCCUCAUUUAAAGAAUAUGGAACUUGAAUGUUUGUCAAAACUCAAAAGUUUCUAUGGGUCCAAAAAGGCAGCAGUCGAGAAUGACAAUAUUUCCGAAGCACUCUUCAAUUACACGGUUUCAUUCCCUGCUUUGGAAGUACUGAAGGUAAGAGGAUUGAAAAACAUUACAGCAAUAUGGAACAACCUAUUAUUCCUAGAUUCGAAAGCAGAAGAAGAAUCAUCCUUCCACCAGCUAAGGAACAUAAAGAUACUUGAAUGUGAGAAACUGGUAAAUGUGGUAAUUGCAGGUCAAAAAGGAGAAGGAGGAGGAGAGAUAACAAGUGAUGAGAUUAUUGUGUUCCCUCACUUAAAGAUUAUGCAACUUGGAGGGUUGUCAAAACUCAAAAGUUUCUAUGAGUCUAAAAAAGCAACAGUCGAGAAUGACAUUAUUCCCCAAGCACUCUUCAAUUACACGGUCAAGUUCCCUUGUUUGGAGAGCUUCGAGUAUAAAAGAUGUAAAAACAAUGUGAAGGAGAUAUGGGACGGCACGGUUCCAACAGAUGCUGUUUGUAAACUAAGGGUGUUGAAAGUGUAUGAUUGUAAUGAACUGUUAAGUGUUGCUCCAUCAAAAUUGCUUGGAAGUUUCCACAACCUAGAAGAACUUAGUAUAUGGUGGUGUCGCUCCUUGGAAGAGGUAUUUAAGGUUGAAGGAGGGUCAAAUGCCAAGGAAGGAAUGGUUGCAAGAGAUACAGAUAUAGAAAAAGACUCGGAGGACAAUCUUGUGUUCCCUCAAUUGAAAUCUAUAUACUUCAGGUUUUUGCGACGGCUGAGGAUUUUUUACCGGAGGAGUCGCAUUUAUGAAUUGCCAUCCUUAAAACGUAUGGAAAUAUUUUUUUGUCCCAAAUUGGAAACGUUUCCUUGCCGAGUCACUGCCCCCUCACAAUCAUCCUCGGAAAAGGUUGCUUUUCCUGUCUUGGAGGAUUUGACACUCUCGCAUAUGGAUGGAAGCAUCAUCUUUGAAGAUAUUUUGUAUGGCCAUGUCCCAGCAGCCUCAUUUAGCAAAGUUAGAAAGCUGCAGCUGAAAAACUGCAGCGUGCUUGAAGAUAUUUCUACCUUGCUGCUACAGGGGUUUGAAGUUGUUGAAGAACUCAAUGUGGGAUUUUGUGAUUCAUUACAAGUUGUCUUCAACCUUGAAGGACUUGAAGACAUCAAAAGAGGAGCCCCUGAAAUAACAAAGUUGGACCCCUACCACAACCUAACAUCUUUAACAGUUGAAUCUUGCAACAGCCUGAAAUGUUUAUUCUCACUCUCAAUCGCAAGAAAUCUCACAAAUAUUGAACAACUGAGUGUUAGUUGGUGUAAUGCGAUUGAAGAAAUAAUUAAAAAUGAAGAUCAAGGUGAAGAGGAUGGUGCCAUGGAUGAAAUUGUGUUUCCCAAGUUACAGUCUAUGCACCUUUACGAUCUACCAAACCUCACAAGUUUUUGUUGGGCAAAUAAUGCUUUUAAAUUGCCAUCCCUACAAAAUGUUACGCUGAAAGGAUGUGACAAAAUGCAGACAUUCACAUCUGGACAGAUAAGUACACCGGUGAUAAAAUUAUAUUAUGAAGAUAUAGAAGUGAGUGACCUCAAUAAUUAUGUGCAGCAGCGUGCUCAAGAAAGGAAGGGGAUUGCGAUGUAUAAGGAUGAUGAAGAAACAAGUAUUGGCAAAGAAAAAGAGUCUGGAAACCAUGAUGAAGAAGAUAUUUUGGCAAAUGAGUAAAAUUAAGUGAUCAUUUUUGGACAGGCUAGUAUUUGGAAGUGGAAGUAAUUUUACUACAGUUACCAUCCAAGUGACUGAAGUAAAAAGGUGGCGGAUCCAAUCCUUUGGGUUCUCUCUUGCUACUGCCAAGAAAACAUAAUGGCCUUCAAUUCAAGGGGCACCAAAUGCUGACAUGCAAUUUAUUUGGGGACACCAAAAUUGGAAGUUUCAUAUAUGAUUUAUUGUUUGUUUUCUCCCAUAUUCUUUUUCUGCUCGAGUGUGAAUACCGUUGGUGUGUUUUGCUGAAGAUUGUUUAGCUAUGGUUGAACUGUAUUUUAUUUAUUUAUUUUGGUAUGGAGUUAUGGUUGAAAUAUGUUUGUGUUA